GUCCAUCUAAUUAGGUAAGCUUUUACCCCCAAAACAAAACCAAAAAAAAAAAAAAGAAAAAAAAAUUUGAACCAUUAAUAACACUUCUCAAGAAAGAGAAAGCAAAAUUUGUUGGAGAAUCCUCUGCAAAAGCCAAACUAGGAAGUGAAUAGAAGGAAAAGGUUCGAAUUCGGAUGGAGGACAUCGAGUUGAAGGGAUGCGUGUAUCGAAUAAGGAAGUGCGCGUUCGACCUGCUGUCGAUGGAGGAGGAUUUGGUGGUCGACGACGACGACGACGGCGACGACGAGGGUUCGUGGGACUUGAUCGGGAAAGAGUUCCAAUUGAAGGCCGCUUUUCUGUAUUGUGAUCUAAGCAAGGUGAUCUCUAGCGCGAAAGACGAGCGCAAGAAGGCUCUCGCCGAUCUCGGAAACAAGCUUCUUUACUUGAUGGAGGAGUUAGAUCGCGCGGUGAAGAGUCGAAGCAUUUCUUUGACGCAGGUCUGCUACAGCGACACCGCGCAUACUCUGCACGAAGUGAUGGCUGCUCUGGUGCCCUCGAAUUAGCCGAACUAAUCCGUAAUUUGGAAUUAGUAAAUUGCAUUGUACUGAUGUAGAAUGAGAGGCAGCUUUUCAGAAACAAAAUUCCGUUUUUUUUUUUUUUCUCUUUUUUUUUUCCUUUUUUUUUUUUUUUAAUGGUUACUUCAAGCAAUGUGAAGGUUGGUUCUCUGCGCGCUGUAAAGAAGUGAGCCGCACAUCAUAUUAUUAUAUAUUAUUAUAUAUGUACAAAUUAGCUUUUUAUGAGAUUAGAUGCUGUGUAAAUAUUUAUCAUUCGGAAAAACUAUCUUAUUUGAAAUUGUA